CUCUCUCUCUCUCUCUCUCUCUCUCUCUCUCUCUCUCUCUCUCUCUCUCUCCUUUCACCUUUCUUCUCUCCUUUUCUCUCUUUGUGCUGGUUGGCGUGUUGUGCUGGCAUGAAGGAAGGCAGCAAUAUACUGAAGGCAGCAGUGGAAGCUGGAGCCCUUACUAUUGACAAUCGUUUCUGCUUGACUGGCCAGUGUGAUGUCUGCUGUGUGGAGAUGGAGCAUGGGGAAAUCAUUAGGUCGUGUAUGCACGCAAUUCCAAGCGGCAAGUCUAGCAUCACAGUACUCGUCGUGGACUCAGAUGAAGCAUGGGAAGCGAUGAGUGUUUAAGGUUUCUUCGGCAUGAAGAAUCCGACAGCAAUUUUGGCGAAUUGAAAACUUACAAUUAUGAGAGCAAAAAGUGCUCGCACUGGUACUGAGUUAAUGAAUGAAUACGGCUGUAACUUUGGGUUAGAUACAUUCAAGAUAAUCCCAACGUGAGGGCAUACUCACACCCGCAACGUUUUUGCGUGUUUAUGGAUGCAAUUGCGGCCCAAUACAUCCAGGUCUAGCUGUAAAUGCGGUUGGGUACAUUUCAGAUAGAGCUAGUGUGACUAGGCCUACUACCGUAGGCCCUGAGGAUGCUCUCUUUGGAGAUUCAAUAAAAUAUAGUAACUUUUUAUUAAAAAAAAAAUAAAAAAUAUCUAUAUGUUACAGUGCUCUGGCACAGAAAUC